CUGGAUGGGACUUCAGUUGGGGACUUGUGGCUAAAUACAAGACGGCUGGCCAACCACGCAAUGGCAAUUUGAUGGACGUCAGCACUAGUAGUGGCACUGCAGCGUGAUGUCAGACAAGACGAAUUGAUUUGGCCUCGAUCCGUCACGUUAUCGGAGCCAUCGGAACAGAGACCACGUCCAUUUAUCUGGGUAUCGACCGUCUCACCAUCUUUUAAUUCUUACAUCUCACCCAACGCGUGUCAGAUUCAGCAUGGCACCCGUAUUUCUCGACCAUCUGCCCCCGUUGGCGAGUCCUCUCGGCUUCGCCUUGGUCGCCGUGGCAGGAUUCGUUCUUCUCUAUCUGAUUGAGCGCUAUGUUCUCGCCGUCCCUUAUCCCCAAGGGAUCCCUAUUGUCGGACAGUCUGCAGGGAGCCGUCGCCUGAGCCUGCGCACCAGAUUGAGGUAUUAUACCGACUGCGAGAGCCUGUUCCGCGAGGCCUACGACAAUUAUGUCAAGAAGGGCAAGCCAGUCAUCCUCCCUGGCUUCGGCUUCCGCAAAGAGGUCAUCAUGCCUCAGAGCGCCAUGAAAUGGGUCCUUGCCCAACCAGACGACGUGCUAAGCGUCGACGCAGCAUUUGUUGAGGUCGAUCAGGUCAAGUGGGGGCUGGGCCACGAGAAGAUUGUCGCGGAUGCAUGGCAGGCCAUGCUCGUCAAGAAGGAAUUGAACCAGGUCCUCGAGGCCAUCUGUGCGGCCAUGAACAAUGAGCUGGGCUUGGUGUUUGACGAGCACUUCGGUACCGAUACCGCCAACUGGAAAGAAAUCGAUCUCGGUCCAACUAUCCAGAUUAUCGUUGCCCAGGCUGCCAGUCGAUUUACUGUCGGUCUUCCGCUCUGCCGCGAUAAGGGGUACAUCCGCAAUGCCCUGAAAAUCAACGAAUGGCUCAUCAUCAAUGCUGGCGUCACCGGCGGAACCCCUCGUAUCCUGCAGCCCAUCGUUGGCUUCCUCCUCAAUAUUCCAACACGUCGACUGCUCUCCGAGAUGAAGAAAUGGUUCGUCCCCCUAUGGGAGAAGCGUCUAGAGCUCCUCCCAGUCGACCCCCAAAGCCCUGGCCACGAAGAGCCCCAAGAUCACCUCCAGUUGAUCCUCCGCUACGCCCAGCGCGAGCGGCAGCACGAGCUCCAUGACUUCCCACUUAUCCUCCGCCGCCUUGCAGCCACCAACUUUGGCUCCAUGCAUCAAACCAAAAUCCAGGUGACGAACGUCAUUCUCAAUGUUCUGGGCUCCGACGCAGAGUACAACACCAUCGCCGUCUUGCGCGAUGAAGUGGAUCGUAUCCUUGGAGACGACAAGAACGCCGCCUGGACCAAAGCCAAAGUAAGCCAAAUGACACGCGCCGACAGCGUUUCCCGCGAGACCCUUCGACUCCAGUCCUUCGGGGGCCGCGCCAUCUUUAGAAAGGUCAUGACGUCCAACUUUGAGACACCGGACGGUUACCAUCUCCCCAAAGGCACGCUGCUGUCGUUUCUCAGUCAGCCGGCGCACGUAGACCACGACAAGAUGGACGAUGCGGCAAAGUACGACCCUUUUCGCUUCUCUCGGCUGCGCGAGCUUGCCGAGAGUCGCAAUGAGAAGAUCGCGCCCGUAAGCCUCGUGUCUACGUCGCCCGAGUUUCUACCCUUUGGUCAUGGAAAACACGCGUGCCCGGGACGGUUUUUGAUUGAUUUUGAGCUGAAGAUGAUUCUGGCAUAUGUGCUGAGGAAUUACGAUAUUGCCUUUGCAGACGAACUCAAUGGGAAACGACCUCCUAAUAUUUGGUUGACAGAGGCCAUGCUCCCGCCGAACGGGGUCAAGAUUCGAGUGAAGAGAAGGGAAAGGAAUACAUAGAGACAGCAGGGAGAGGGUAGACCUGUAGAGAUGCAUGUGAUAGAGAGCAUCACGGCCAGAGCUAGAUCCAAGAAAAUGUUCAGUUCGAGUCUCUCUCUGGAAUUCGAGGGCCGUGAUAACCUAAGACGAAUCUCAGAGUUUUCACAGUGUUGUAUAUAUGCCGAGGUACAGACCUCAUCUCUCCAAUAUAUCCCAGAUUCGAG